AUGGUUGACAGUGAGGCGAAUUCGCCAACAUGGAAGUUCACGCAGUGUUUCGGUGAUAAAGGCGACGUGGAGGACAUCACGGAGGAGUUCCAGUCCCACGAACCCGAAUUCGACUAUCUCAAGUCACUCGAAAUCGAAGAAAAGAUCAACAAGAUCAAAUGGUGCCGACGCCAAAACGCCUCCCACUACCUCCUAUCGACAAAUGACAAAACAAUCAAGCUGUGGAAGGUGUUCGAGAAAUCACUCAAAGUUGUUGCGGAGAACAACCUGUCGCAUGAUUUAACCCCCGCAAAUGCUGCUGGAGGCGGCGGUGCCGCUCGACCGUUAGCCACCUCGCAGCAAUUUCGAGAUGUCACAGACUUGAAGCUUCCCCGCCUCACACACCAUGACACUGUUGUGGCAGCGGUGCCUCGUCGUACAUAUGCAAAUGCGCACGCGUACCACAUCAACAGCAUCUCUGUGAAUAGCGACGGCGAGACCUACAUCAGCAGUGACGACCUGCGGAUCAACCUCUGGAACCUGAACAUCCAAGAUCAAAGCUUCAACAUUGUGGAUAUCAAGCCGGCAAACAUGGAAGAGCUCACUGAGGUUAUUACUGCUGCCGAAUUCCAUCCGCUUAGUUGCAACUGGUUCAUGUACGCGAGCUCCAAGGGAACGAUCAAGCUGGCUGAUAUGAGAGAGAGUGCACUGUGCGACCAACAUGCCAAAAUGUUUGAGCAGGAAGAGGAUCCGUCGUCGAGAUCCUUCUUCUCCGAGAUUAUUUCAUCCAUUUCCGAUGUGCGCUUCUCUUACGACGGCCGAUACAUUUUGUCGCGUGACUACCUCACCGUCAAGAUUUGGGACAUCAACAUGGAGCGCCAGCCAGUGAAGACGAUACCUAUCCAUGAGCAUCUUCGACCUCGCCUGUGUGACACAUACGAAAACGACAGUAUAUUCGACAAAUUUGAAGUCGUGUUUUCGGGAGAUGCCAAGAACGUGAUGACGGGUAGCUACAACAACAACUUUAUGAUUUACCCGUCUGACCCCGACAAAGAAGUGGAAGUCGUCCUCCAAGCAGACAAGUCCGCGUUUAAGGCAAAGAAGGUCGGCGUGCCCACUCCGAUCAACUCCUCCACAAGCCCAACUUCAAACGGCAAGAAGAACGGUUCACGGGCUGGGAGCCCAGGCGCUCAGCGUAUGCGCAAGGAGACUGAUGCAGACCAAAUCGACUUUAACAAGAAGAUUCUGCACAUGAGUUGGCACCCGUUUGAGGACAGCAUUGCCAUUGCAGCAACUAAUAACUAUGCGCAAGUAGGUACCCUCAUCACAUUCAUUCAGUUCGCAUUUGUUGCUGUGACCGGCUAUGCAUUUCAGUUCGAUUAUAGACGGCCGCCUUUUUUCCUAUCGCCGAGGAAGGUUCCUCUUACUCGAUGGGCUGUUAAUAUUGUUUUGUUCUUUGCCAUCAAUGUUCUGAACAACCACGCCUUCAGCUACGACAUAUCUGUGCCAAUCCAUAUUAUUCUGCGCUCUGGGGGCAGCAUAACGACUAUGGUAGCGGGAUACCUCUACGGCAAGCGAUAUUCAAGACUGCAGGUCAUGUCUGUAGUCCUACUCAGUUUUGGGGUUAUCCAGGCGGCCUGGUCUGAUGCAGCAAACAAGUCAAAAACCGGUACUUCAUCAAAGCCCGCCUUUGGUACCGGUCUUCUUAUUCUUUUGAUUGCCCAGGUUCUCUCUGCCAUCAUGGGCUUGUACACUGAGGCGACUUAUAGAGCGUACGGGCCACAAUGGCGAGAGAAUUUGUUCUACUCCCAUCUUCUUUCUUUACCACUGUUCGUGCCGUUUACACCAUCCAUGCUGCGAACGUUUCUCUCGCUGGCCGAUUCACAGCCCAUGGUACUAUCUCACCGCUUCGGUAUUCGAGUGCCUCAUCAGCUAGCCAACGUCGCAGCGAACAUCCUGACGCAGUACGCCUGUAUUCGAGGUGUAAAUCUUCUAGCGGCGGCAUCUUCUGCCUUGACUGUUACUAUCGUCCUCAAUAUCCGGAAACUUGUGAGCCUCCUUCUCAGCAUUUGGUUAUUUGGUAAUUCAUUGGUUGUUGGAACUGUCAUCGACCUGGGAGCUCUUAAGUCGCAGCGAGUACGACUCUCCAAGAUGGCUGAUACACACGCCCAAUUUAACAGCAAUGAAUUGCCUUUUCAGGUCCAUACACGUGAAUCUGACUGGGAGGAUGAUGAGACAGCGGGCCAAAGCAUCGCGGACUCUGAGCUGGCUGGCGAAGGCUCUGAGGCAACGGACCCCGCUCAAGCAGAGGAGCUGCAAGACGGGAUGCUCCUCCGUGAUGUUCCAAAACGCACUACAUUUUAUGAUCCGGUUGCCGAACGCCAAAUGACUCAGACCGAUGCGAAGCUAUUCUAUCAGCGUAGCCAGAUUGAUUUAAGAGGCGAUAGCAGCGAAUGGGUGCAGAGAACGCCUCAGCAGAGUCCUCUUAUCCAAUCUGCUUCUCGUCCUGCGACUGAGUAUGGCGCAGACUCCCUCAUCCUGGAGAAAGACGGUGAAAAUGCGUCUUUCUGCGAAGAAACGCCCUUCAACCGUGUUCAUCCGAGCCAGAUUUCUAUGCCUGGCGCACAGGCUGUUCAGGAUCAGCUUCUUCCUGGCGUCUCCAACUCUGGCCUUGCUAGCAAUAGCUUUCUCGACACGGAGCCGCACGUUACAGCUGAAUUGGCCGCUAUCACAAGAGACAUUCAGAAAAUUGUUGAUCUGCGCCGCCGUUACAUUGCGCUGUCUUCGCAAGGCCCUAACGACAACCCCAGAGAUAGCGAAGAAUGGGAUAUUUACCCGCCACCGCCAGAGCCAGCCUGGAGAGAGGCGGCUCAUGCUAAUUCUCGCUUUGCACGGCAUAGAGCAACCUCUGCAAAUGACUCGAGCCAGGAGUUUGAUGUGGAUGACUUGAUGCCCCUCCCGGAAGAUGACGGCUGCACUUUCAAGCUUGAUUCGAACGGUGUCUAUCAGGUAUUGGAUAAUGAAACUUCUGCAGAACCGGCGAUCAAAAUUCCUACCAUAAGGGAGUUCUAUAUGGACCUAGAAUCCAUAUUGAAGGUCUCAUCGGAUGGCCCGAGCAAAAGCUUCGCAUUCCGAAGGUUGCAGUACCUGGAAGGCAAAUUCAAUCUUUACGCCCUCCUGAAUGAAUACCAGGAAACGGCAGACAGCAAAAAGGUUCCCCACCGUGACUUCUACAAUGUCCGAAAAGUUGAUACUCACGUUCACCAUUCUGCUUGUAUGAACCAGAAGCAUUUGCUACGAUUCAUCAAGAGCAAGAUGAAGAAAUACCCCAACGAGGUGGUUCUGUAUAGGGAUGGAAAGCACCUCACCCUUGCCGAAGUCUUUGCUAGCAUCAAUCUCACUGCUUAUGACCUGAGUAUUGAUACUCUCGACAUGCACGCCCACACAGAUUCUUUCCAUCGAUUUGACAAGUUCAAUCUCAAAUACAAUCCUAUCGGAGAGUCUCGUCUCAGAACCAUUUUCCUCAAGACCGACAACUUCAUUCACGGGCGGUAUCUCGCAGAAAUCACUAAAGAAGUCAUCGAAGAUCUUGAAUCUAGCAAGUAUCAAAUGGUUGAAUGGCGCAUUUCGAUUUACGGCAAAUCCAUUGAUGAAUGGGACAAAUUGGCUGCAUGGGUGGUGGAUAAUAAGCUCUUUUCUCACAAUGUUCGCUGGCUCAUUCAAAUUCCUCGGCUCUACGAUGUCUACAAAGGCAGUGGUCUCAUGGAUUCAUUUGAGCAAGUCAUAAAGAAUCUAUUCCAGCCAUUGUUCGAAGUUACAAAUGCACCGACGAGCCAUCCAAAGCUCCACAUCUUCCUUCAGCGUGUUAUCGGAUUCGACAGCGUUGACGACGAAAGCAAAGUCGAACGCCGGCUGUUCCGCAAGUUUCCGGUACCAAAGGAAUGGGAUGGCGCGCAAAACCCACCCUACAGCUAUUGGAUUUAUUAUACUUUCGCGAACAUGGCUUCUUUGAACUUCUGGAGAAAGAAGCGUGGCUUCAACACAUUCACUCUUCGGCCACACUGCGGCGAGGCUGGCGACAGUGAACAUUUAGCUGUCGCAGCCCUGUGUUGUCACAGUAUCAGUCACGGCCUGUUGCUGCGAAAAGUGCCUUUACUUCAGUAUGUAUUUUAUCUGGAGCAAAUCGGCAUGGCCAUGUCGCCGCUGAGCAACAACGCUCUGUUCCUGGCAUACGAGAGAAACCCUUUCCAUCAGUACUUCAAGCGCGGUCUUAACGUGUCACUCUCGACGGAUGAUCCACUUCAGUUUGCUUUCACCAAAGAGCCUCUCAUUGAGGAAUAUGCUGUUGCGGCGCAAAUUUGCAAGCUGAGCUCCGUGGACAUGUGUGAAUUGGCCAAAAAUUCCGUUAAGCAAAGUGGUUACGAGCGAGCAAUUAAGCAGCAGUGGCUCGGUCAUGACUUUGAGAAGCCCGGUAAAGAAGGAAACAAGAUGGUGAAAACCAACGUACCAGAUCGACGAGAAGAGUUUCGCUAUCUCACGCUGAUGCAAGAGAGAGACGUGCUUCAGCGAUUCUCCGUAUAUGACGCUGUAGGCGAAAGUGGCACAUCCAGAGCGAUUAAUGGCCAGGGCCUAGCACUCAGCAAUUCGCACGUUUCAUCACCAGCGAGCAAAACCGGUGUAAAUGGCAACUCAAAUCCGGAGUUCGGGACGUCACCUAAUUCGAAUAGCCGCCAUUCCGACAGUGCUGUAGACUUGCAUCUUUCUGGAAGCGACCCUCGCCUCUUCCCUGGAAUCCUCGCCAGAGAGCGUCGCAGCGGUAGCCUGAAAAGCCUCAACCAACAACAGUAA